AUGAAUAUUAAUGCCACUUUUCUACUUUUAGUUGAAUCGCUUUUAUCAAUUAAUUGGCUAUCAAAACUCAAAACAAAAUUAAAGAAGAAUAUCAUGGUGAGUGAUCUCAACAUCAAUCAAUUAUCAAAAUCCUCAAAAACUUUGUCGUUCAAAGAGAAAUUAAAUUUACUUGAUCUCUAUUGCCCCCAAUCUGAACCGUCUAAUUUCUCUAGCAUUUCGAAUCCCACAUUAAUAGAUUUGAUAAUUGUUAAAAAAUCGGUAUCGCUAAUAAGAUUUUCUCAAAUAAGUCCAGGAAGUUUCAGCACACAUGACAUUCUAUUUGGAACUUUCCCAUACUCAAUCUCAAAUGCUGAAAACUUUCCGGAAGCUUUUUUCUAUGAUUUUAAAUCUGUUAAAACAGAAAUCAUACAACAAGCGGCUGCACAGUUGAAUUUCGAUGGAAUUUAUGAUAUUGCCGAUGUCGAUGAUCAAAAAUUAUUAUUUCCACAUUUCCCGUAUCGAAAAAAAUAUUGA